UCUGGCCGCCCCGCCCCGCGCCCAGUGGCUGUUCGCGGGUGUUCACUAUUAACUUUGACUUCAGCCACGUGUAGCUUCCAUGGCGGCCUCACAGGUCCCAGGGGAGAUUAACAUACAGGCGGGAGAGAUGUCCGGGGACAGGGACCUGCUGGGGAACGACUGUCCGGAGGAGGACAGGCUUCCCCAACGCUCCUGGAGGCAGAAGUGCGCUUCCUACGUGCUGGCCCUGCGGCCCUGGAGCUUCAGUGCUUCCCUCACGCCGGUGGCCCUGGGCAGUGCCCUAGCCUACAGAUCCCAGGGCGUCCUGGAUCCCAGGCUGCUGGUGGGUUGUGCCGUGGCUGUGCUGGCCGUGCACGGGGCUGGCAAUCUGGUCAACACUUACUAUGACUUUUCCAAGGGCAUUGACCACAAAAAGAGUGAUGACAGGACCCUGGUGGACCGAAUCUUGGAGCCCCAGGAUGUUGUCCGGUUUGGAGUCUUCCUCUACACUUUGGGCUGUGUCUGUGCCGCUUGUCUCUACUACCUGUCUCCUUUGAAACUGGAGCACUUGGCUCUCAUCUACUUUGGAGGCCUGUCUGGCUCCUUUCUCUACACAGGAGGAAUCGGAUUCAAGUACGUGGCUCUGGGAGACCUCGUCAUCCUCAUCACUUUUGGCCCGCUGGCUGUGAUGUUCGCCUAUGCCGUCCAGGUGGGGUCCCUGGCGGUCUUCCCACUGGUCUACGCCAUCCCUCUCGCCCUCAGCACCGAGGCCAUUCUCCAUUCCAACAACACCAGGGACAUGGAGUCGGACAGGGAGGCCGGAAUCGUCACGCUGGCCAUCCUCAUCGGCCCCACGCUCUCCUACAUACUCUACAACACGCUGCUCUUCCUGCCCUACCUGAUCUUCAGCAUCCUGGCCACACAUUGCAGCAUCAGCCUGGCCCUCCCCCUCCUCACCAUCCCCAUGGCCUUCUCCCUGGAGAGACAGUUCCGAAGCCAGACUUUCAACAAACUGCCCCAGAGGACUGCCAAACUCAACCUCCUGCUGGGGCUCUUCUAUGUCUUUGGCAUCAUUCUGGCCCCCGUGGGCAGUCUGCCCAAACUGUAAGGGGACCCGGCGCUUCCCCUCGCUUCUCCCCCCGGUCUCGGAAUGUUUCUGUGGAAGGCAGAGAAUCUGAAGAGGGCGGGUGGUUUGCAGCGAGGGGCCUGAGGUUGCCUUGUGAACUCCCACCUUUUUUAUUAUUUUCUUUCUAAAGAUAAGGUUUUGUUUUUGUGUCACUCUGUUUUAUGGUGAGUCUUGAAACCACUACUAGUGUAAGAAGGUGAAUGGGGUGCGUGGUCCUUGUUUUACUGAUGAUUUCCACUAGGGGGUGCUGUUAGGUCACUUUAAAGCAGAUGAAAAGGCCCGGAGACUGCAGGAGCUGCUGGCGGGGCCUCUGGUCCUGGAAGAGCCAGAGUCACUGAGGCUCCCGCUUGCUCUGCCACCCGCCGGAAGUGUUGUCCUGGUUGCUGGGUCUCCCAGGAUGCGCCUGCAACCGGUGCCAGGGCCUGGUGACCCAGGGUGCAUCUGUGUCUUACCUUGAAUGCUUGGGGCCUGAAAUACACUGUUUCGGAAAGUCCCUCGUUAACAGCCUACUGUGGCGCCGGCUUUUUGCCUCAUCGUGAUUCGAACCCUUUGGCCCUUCAUCUGUCCCUUCCCUCACGGGCCAGCGGAGAAGUGGCAGAUCAGCCUGCGGCCAGCCAGUCAGGACCCUGGGGGCUGGGGAAGGGAACCACCCCCACCCUGGGGGCUGCUGAAAAAGUCACUCCGCUUUUGGAUAGAAACUGGUAGGGCUGCUGUCUUCCCUUUGUAGAGUCUACUGGAAUGACAGGAAGGACUCCAGCCCUUUGAGUAACUAUGAGGAGCCCUGAAAUCCUAGGGAUUGUGUACUCCUUAAAGCCCCCGGGGCUGGCUUCUCCCCCAACCCAUCACCUUGCCUCCCGCUCCCCUGUGCCCACCCUCCGUUUCUGUCCGGUUCCCAUUUGUACAUCUCCCAGCCAUGGAGCCUCACUAUUUGGGUAGCAGCGUAGCAGCUGAGUUGGGGACAGUUGUCACUUUCCACCGAGCCACAGGCUGAGCAGACCAGGGAUGUCGCGCAUCCCUGAACAAAUAAGCCAAUAGACACAGUCCUGACCCUGUUCAGCCAGAUGGCAGGCCCUGCCAGGGAGGGCACGGUGUCUCGCUUAUUGAAGACAGACGGGCAGUACUUACCCCGUUUCUCCCAAAGGCUUCCGUUGCCUUGUGCAUAGAUCGUUUGCUCCCCGAAUGGGGGAAUUCCAGUGCUGAUCGGAGCUGCCUCUCACUUCACUGCCCGCAAAGUACAAUUUCUGGGCGAGAGUGGCUCAGUUGCAUUUGGUCCAAGACUGAAAUAGAUUGAGCCCAUCAGCAUUAUACUUUUCUGUUGUGAUAAUAGCCUUUCUGAGUGGCGUCUCAUGGUCUCGGCCACCGUAAAAGACAAGAACUGGCUCUUACCCGUUCAAAUCAGGCUAAUUAUGAUUUGGUCCUGGAGUUAGAAUUGGUCAGUUUCCUUGGAAAAAACAUAUUUGGAAAUUGCAGGCCCUUCCUCCAAAGUUAAGGGUGUUUUGUCUACGGAGCUCCAGGAUCCUCAAAUGGUGGUCAGAGCCCAGUAACAAGAGUAGGAAGGAUGGCCCUCCUCUCCAGCCAUUCUUCCCGGCACCAUUUUUCUUUCACACCGGGCCCAUGGCACUGUGCUCAGAGGGGUCCUGCCUUCGAAGCCAGGCUCUUGUGGCCCCUGUUAAGGGCAGGCCAUUCUCACACA